AUGUAUAAUAUUCCGAUUUAUGAAAAGGUUCUCUAUGAAGUCGGAUUCAAAACACUGGGUCUGGGUAAACAUUUGGAAUUAACUGAUAUCAAUUCAGGAAAAGAAUUAUAUUCGAUCAAACACAUUAUCAAUCCACUUGGACUCGCCAAAUAUGAGAUUCGUCAAAACAAUCAAGUCGUCGCUGAUGUGAAGCGUAAAGUGAAAUGGACUGGACUUGGCACCAAAUUCAAGGCAAUGCUUGUGAAAAAUCUUUGA